UUCUGCCAGGCAAUACAUUCGUUGCAAAUAAAUACGAAUGGUGCGAGUCGCGGAUAAUUUUUGCUGCUCAGAGUAAGCUUUUCAGUGAUUUUCCUUCCACUAAAAGGUGAUAAAUUUCGCGAUUUAGUUGUCUAGUGCAGUUGAAAUAAAAAGUGCUCAUAAUGAUGCUACGGUUUGCCAUUAAAACGAACUACGCUUGGUAUGGCACCAGCCUAAAUCAGACAGGCUAGGCGAAUUCCGAUUAUCGAUUUUGUGCAAAAUAGAAAACUAGUGCCACGGAUUUCACGCAAGAAAUAAUCUGUUAGAAUACUCAAAGCAAGCACAAGAUUCGGCCUAGUCGAUUAUUCGCUAACCGAUAGAGUGAAUAGAUUCCUGCGUUUUCUGGGUUAAUUGGUCUAGAGUUGAUAGGAUGGAGACCCCGGAAAAUGGAGCUAACACCUCAUACGAACCAUUAGAAGGCAGGAGAGCGUUCGACACGGCAGACGGUUUGGAGAUGGACGGUGGCGGCCCACCAAAGGAUCGCAGGAAGUUAGUGUUUUUCGCACUAAUGACAGCCGGUGUCGGGUUCGUGCUACCCUAUAACAGUUUCAUCAUUGCAGCCGAUUACUGGCAGUCACGAUUUCCUGGACAAUCAGUAGCCUUGGAUAUGUCAAUGACAUACAUUAUCGUAGCUCUGUGUACUGUCCUUCUAAACAACGUUUUCUUAUCAUUAGCACCAUUUCGUGUGCGUGUCGCAUUCGGGUAUGCGGUAUCGUUCACGACAUUAGUUUUUGUUGCCCUCUGCGAAGUGGCAUGGCAUAUGUUUACAGCCAAAACCGCAUAUUCAGUGAACCUCGCCGCGGUAUCGUUAGUCGCGAUGGGGUGUACAAUUCAGCAGUCCAGUUUCUAUGGAUUCGCAAGUAUGCUUCCAAAGCAAUACACUCAAGCAGUGAUGGCUGGUGAAAGUAUUGCUGGAUUUCUGGUGUCUUCGAAUCGCGUAGUAACAAAGCUGCUUAUCAAAAGUGAUCGCGCAUCGACAGCAAUAUUCUUCCUUACGUCGACAGUUUACAUAGCGUUCAGCUACGUAUUACACUCAAUAACUACUCAUUCACCAUUCGUGAGAUAUCACAUGAAGGCCUGUGCCAAAAUUGUCCUCCGGCCCGAUGAUGAUCACACUCUCAGCGACACUAUAGAAGGCGAUUUGUCGAACGCACGCUAUGGGGUUCUGGCCUUGGAAUCGAGCCCUCCUGUUCACAUUCCACCAGGUUCUACAACGCUGAGUUUCAGCAACCCCGUCUACGAGUUGUCAAACCCCAGUGGUGGAGAAAGUGUACUGGAGACGAAUAUCAAUAGUCUCACUUCUACCACGACAAGUGUGACAACCAACAGUAAUUCUACUAAUCGUCCAAUCACAUCUCCAACUUUGGCAACUGCAGUACACGAUGAACCCAAUGUUGCAUUCAAAGUUGAACACGUGAUGACUCCAGACAUUUGUAGCUCAGGUCGAUUUGGAAGCUUUCGAAGUGGAGUAGAAUCCCGUUGGAAGGUCGCCCAUGCAAUAUACCCGUAUAUGGCUUGCAUAGCGUUGGCGUAUUGUGUGACACUUUCUCUGUACCCAGGAAUAGAAUCGGAAAUAAUUUCUUGCAAUUUGGGGACUUGGAUGCCAGUACUGUUGAUGUUUACGUUCAACACGUCGGAUGUGGCAGGUAAGCUGCUGGCAGCUGUUCCCUACAGUUGGUCACGUAGACAGUUGAUUCUCAUGUCCGGAUUGCGCGCUCUACUGGUUCCUCUCAUUCUACUUUGCUGUUCUCCUCGAGAUCAACCUGUGAUUGCUGGAGAAGCAUCGGCCUUUGUGUUCACCGCAGCUCUUGGAAUAACGAACGGCUUAGCUGGUAGUUUACCUAUGAUGCUUGCACCAGAUAAGGUGUCGGCAACUUUAAAAGAAGCAACUGGAAAUAUGAUGACAUUGUCUUAUAAUAUAGGACUGACGGCUGGUUCUUUGGUAGGAUAUGUGUUUGAGUCAAUGUUAGGACCUCAACUACCCAAUCCCUGUCCUCAAUAUCCAUUUGUUCCUCCUCGAUCCAACCAAUCGCCAAUAAAUAACAUAAGUAUUAGUACAACCUCUAGCACUACAACCAUAGCUACUAUUCUGCUUUCCUCCUUGUCUACGGCGAUUCUUCAGUCUAGCACCUCUACUGUUUCCCCCGAAACUAUUAGUAGUACACAAAUACCCACAACUACGACUCUAUCACAAUCAACAACAGUAUUAAACAUAUUGCCAACGGGUGUUGAACCUGACGUCACCACUAGCAGCCCUGAUACAAGCAAUUUGGUGACACUGGCGGCAAGCAUUGUUUUUAACGCUACUCAGUCAAUGAUUGAGGCUACCACCGUACGCUAAUUCGCUAUCAAGACUAUCACCCUUUACGAACUCAAUAGCAUUAUACAACACUAUUCUCUAAUGGGAACCCGUGACGCAGAAAAUGGAGUAAAGCUAUCGCAACUCACAUCUUCGAUACCGGCGAUACACAUAUAAACUAUUGGACAAAAGAAAAAGAACUUUCCAGUUGGCCGAUGUGAAUUUCGAGUGUAUAUUGGAUGUUUGGACGCUUGUGAUGACAAAAUGCGUACUAAGUAAAAAGACGAAAUUAGACGAGCUUCAACCAUAUUAGUUGAUAUUAUUUAACUUGUUUUAACAACGUUCACAACGAUUUGUGAACUAUAAUAAACUGUAUAGUCUGGCUAUUACGGUAUUAGGCAAUUACAAAUAGUUCCAAGAAAGCGAAUAGAGGAAAACACUGCAUGGUAUCGUGUUACACUUCUCAUUUUUGUGCUAAAAUACUCCUUAUAGGACCGAAUGAAUGCAUGUGAGAGAACAUGGAGGAAUCAUUAGUGCUGUUAUAAUAAGUGUUGAUCAUUGAAUAUAACAGGUCAUUGAGAAAAAACAAAAUACAAUUUCAUCUGUAGAGAAUAUGCAUUCUAGCUAGAAAUUGAAACGGAAAUGCAGUGAAAACGCAUAUUCCAUUAACUGUAGAGGAAGGGGAGCUUUGGGAAAAUUGAGUAUAAUGACUAAAAAAGAAAAUAUAUUUUAAUCUAAGA